AUGGAAUCUCAAAGCCAGUCACCAUUGGGCUUUGAGAAAGUCAUUCCUUGGGGACAGCUUACUCCUGAGAACAUAACCAUGGUCACAGAAUUUUUCUUGCUUGGCUUUUCCAACCUCCAAGAAAUGCAGUUUUUGCUCUUUGUUAUCUUCCUCUGCCUCUACCUUGCCAUCCUGAGUGGGAAUGUCACCAUUGUCUCGGUCAUCAUCCUGGAACAUAGCCUGCAUACCCCCAUGUACUUCUUCCUAGGAGUCCUCUCUGUGUCUGAGACCUGCUAUACCUUUGUUAUCCUGCCCAAGAUGCUCACCAACCUUCUCUCUGUGCUCAGGACCAUCUCCUUUACUGGCUGUGCUGUUCAGAUGUUCUUCUUCCUUGGCUUUGCAGCCAACAACUGUCUACUGUUGGUUGUAAUGGGUUAUGACCGCUAUGCUGCCAUCUGCCGCCCUUUGCGCUACCCCAUCCUUAUGAACUGGCGGACAUGCAGAAUACUUGUAGCCACUUGUGGGGUGAGUGGCUUCCUGAUCUCAAUGGUAAUCACAGAUUUGGUGUUCAGCCUGCCCUUCUGCAAAUCUAAUAAGAUCAACCACUACUUCUGCGACAUUUCCCCUGUUAUGAACCUUGCCUGUGGCGUGACGUAUGUCAAUGAGCUCUUCAUAUUUAUCAGUAGUGCUUUUGUGCUCAUGGUCCCAUUUGUUUUCAUCUGUAUUUCCUAUGGCUUCAUUGUCAGCACCAUCGUGAAGAUUCCAUCAGCUGAGGGGAAACUAAAGGCCUUUUCUACCUGCAUCUCCCACCUAACAGUGGUUGUAGUCCACUAUGGUUGUGCAUCUUUUGUCUAUCUGAGACCCUCAUCCAGGGUGACAUCAGUUAAAGAUCAGUUGUUAACAGUGACUUAUACCAUUAUCACCCCCUUGCUGAAUCCCAUGGUUUACAGCCUCAGGAAUAGAGCUGUUCAGGUAGCCAUUCAGAAAAUGUUCAAUUGGGGAGAAUUUUCUCACAAAGCUAUAUAA